AUGCUGCAACUGCGAGACAAGCUCCGCGACAAGGGAGAGUCGCUGCCGCUAGCAUCCGCACUGCAGGAUCUCUGCAUACGAACCGGAGCCCUGCUGAUCAUCAACGACCACGCCGACGUGGCGGCGGCGGUCGGUUCUGGCGGCCUGCACGUGGGCCAGACCGACCUGCCCGUCGCGCGAGCCCGGCAGGUCCUCAACCCGCACCAGGUGCUGGGACGCUCCAAUCGCGAGUUCGCGCAGCUCGUUGAAUCCAAGGAAAUGGGAGCCGACCACGUCGCCUUCGGAGCCAUCUACGCCACCACCAGCAAAGGCGUGGCCCGCAACCCACAAGGCCCGGAACGAGUGCGGGAGGCCAAGAGCAUCUCCGGAGACACGCCCCUGGUCGCCAUUGGCGGCAUCAACCUGAGCAACGUCGCACCAGUGGUCGAGGCCGGCGCUGACGCUAUCUGCGUUACUGCCGCCGUGGGAUCGGCCGGAGAGCCCGAGGCAGCCGCAGCCGCCAUGACCGCGGCGAUAGAGGCCGCCGGAGGGAGGGUCUGA